AUGUCUCAAACUUCCACACCGGCUUUUGUAUACCGACGAAAGAGUCCACAUAAGGACCCCAUUUCCCUUUCCGAACCCGAGCCACCAGAUGGAGUUAAACCACAUAAUGGGACUUCCCAACUAUCAACCUCAAGUACAAUGUCUCGAAACUUCACACCGAAUUUUGUAUACCAACGAAGGAGUCCACAUAAGGAUUCCAUUUGCAUUUCUGAAAAUGAGCCGCCCGAUGGAGUUAAAGUUAAACCACAUAAUAGAAUUUCUCAGCUAUCAACCUCAAGUACAAUGUCUCGUAACAUCACACCAACUUUUGUAUAUCAGAGCAAGAGACUUCAUAAGGACCCCGUUUCAAUUUCUGAUACCGAGCUACCUAAUGGAAUUUCCCAGCUGUCAACGUCAAGUUCAAUGUCUCGAGACGCACCAACGUUUGUGUACCGAAGGAAGAGACCUCACAAGGACCCCUGUUCAACUGUCGAAAUCGAGCCACCUAAUGGAACUAAACCAAGUGUUGGCUGUCGAUCUGCCGUAAGCUCUGAAGCCCACCACGCGGUCUCCAUAUCCGAGCGUGCAGCUGAAGAUGAACUUGCUAAUAGAUAUGAUAAUCGAAAAGAAUCCAGCAUUGGACGGGCCCUGAUGAGUGAUGAUGUGGACAGAGUUGCGAAUGCUAAUGAAAAUUGUUCUUCCUCCAAAUCUAAUUUGGAACUCAGCUCUGCUUCCCUGAAGUUCAAUAUGGAUGAAUCGGGCGAGUGCUCGUCUUCUGGUGCGUUGAUAGACGAGAAAUCGGUGGAGGAAAUUUCGGCAAGAGAUUUAUGCAUUUCAAUUCUGCGAGGACAGGGGCUUCUCGAUAGAGUUUUGACUAAACACAAUCGGGCCUCCAAUAAAAAUAAUAGCAAAAAGUACUGUUUGAGGCCGUGCAGAGUUUGCAAUCGUGUGAAAAGUACGCAGCACAUGCUUAUAUGCGACAAUUGCGAGGGCGCAUUUCAUGUUUCUUGCUGCAAUCCUCAUAUAACCGUAUUGCCAGCUGGCGAGUGGCUCUGCAGCUCUUGCUUGAAAAAGAAGCAUAAGAUAUUGAAAGAUAAGUCGAGCAGUAAUUCGACCAAUAUUGGCAAUGAAAUUGGCAGAAAACGGUGUUUGGUGUCAGAAGGUGAGUUUGGAUCCUUGGAAUUUAUGUUCAGAGAUACUGAGCCGUAUAUGUCGAACGUGCGAGUUGGUGAUGAUUUCCAAGCUUCUGUUCCUAGUUGGUCUGGCGCUGCUCAUGAGGAACACAAUCUAAUUGGUGAUGCAGUAGAGUUGGAUCCUUCUGAUUAUGUCAAUAUUAAGGAAGGGAACCCUGUCAAACCUUUAAGCGUCAAUUUUAUUGGUAAUUGGCUUCAAUGCCGAGGGGUAAUAGAAGGCGUUGGAGAAGGUGUUGAUGGAACAGUUUGCGCGAAAUGGCGCAGAGCCCCACUUUUUGAAGUUCAAACCGACAACUGGGAAUGCUUCAAUUGUGUUCUCUGGGAUCCAGCUCAUGCAGAUUGUGCCGUGCCACAGGAGCUAGAUACUGAUGAAGUCAUGAAGCAACUGAAGUACAUGGAGAUGUGGAGACCUCGUUUAGCUGCAAGAAAGCGUAAAUAA